CCAGGCAGGACCUGAGCUGCUCCGAGCUGCGACCUCCAGGUCUCCUCCACCACCGCCGCCUCCCUGAACCCGGCUCACCUUUUCAUCACGCCCGCCCCUUCUCCGCUCCGUGGUGCGCGGGGCGGCGGCAGCCCGUGCGCUGAUUUAAUAGCCGGCGCGCGCGGCUGCUCCUCUUCCCCGCGCGCGCCUCCCGCAGCCGGGCGCCCGGACUUGGCGGAGCGCAGCGCCCGCCGCCCCGUGCGCCCCGCUCGCUCCGUCUGGCCGCAGCCCAGGGGCACCGGCGCGGGCACAGGACGCUGGAGGGGACAGUACCCCGGGACUCAGCGUACCCCACCGCCGGGUGUUGCAAGAAAAAGGAGCGAGUUCCGAGAGAGGCGCCGGGAGCCAGCGGGACGCCCCAGUUCUCCCAGUCGACGCGGCUGCUCGCACCGUCCGUCCACCAGGACCCCUCCAUUCAGAAGAGAUGCUGUGGUGCUUUCCUUUACCCACCCAAAAUGGAACCCAGGAGACCACAUAGCUGAAGAAAUUACAACCUCCCCACAAAUGAGGGACGUUCAAGUCUGAGUAGCUUCCAGCUGAAGGAAGAUAACCAACAGCUCCUCCACAGGGCUGACUGGAACGGGGAAACAUGAACAUCACUAACUGUACCGCAGAAGCCAGUGUGGCUGGGAGAGCCAAGACCAUCACCGAGAAGAUGCUCAUCUCCAUGACUCUGGUCAUCAUCACCACCCUGACCAUGUUGCUAAACUUGGCCGUGAUCAUGGCCAUCUGCACCACCAAGAAGCUCCACCAGCCUGCCAACUACCUGAUCUGUUCUCUGGCCGUGACAGACCUCCUGGUGGCAGUGCUAGUCAUGCCCUUGAGCAUCAUGUACAUUGUCAUGGACAGCUGGAAGCUAGGGUACUUCAUCUGCGAGGUGUGGCUGAGUGUGGACAUGACCUGCUGCACCUGCUCCAUCCUCCAUCUCUGUGUGAUUGCCCUGGACAGGUACUGGGCCAUCACCAAUGCUGUUGAGUAUGCCAGGAAGAGGACCGCCAAGAGGGCAGGACUGAUGAUCCUCACUGUCUGGACGAUCUCCAUCUUCAUCUCCAUGCCCCCCCUGUUCUGGAGGAGCCACCGCCAACUCAGCCCGCCCCCCAGUCAGUGCACCAUCCAGCAUGACCAUGUCAUCUACACCAUUUACUCCACUCUUGGGGCAUUUUAUAUCCCCUUGACUUUGAUACUGAUUCUCUAUUACCGGAUUUACCACGCAGCCAAGAGCCUUUACCAGAAAAGAGGGUCAAGCCGGCACUUAAGCAACAGAAGCACAGACAGCCAAAAUUCAUUUGCGAGUUGUAAACUUACACAGACUUUCUGUGUGUCUGACUUCUCCACCUCAGACCCUACCACAGAGUUUGAAAAGUUCCACACCUCCAUCAGGAUCCCUCCCUUUGACAAUGAUCUAGAUCACCCGGGAGAGCGCCAGCAGAUCUCUAGUACCAGGGAGCGCAAGGCAGCGCGCAUCCUAGGACUGAUUUUGGGUGCAUUCAUUUUGUCAUGGCUUCCAUUUUUCAUCAAAGAGUUGAUUGUAGGUCUGAGCAUCUAUACCGUGUCUUCUGAAGUGGCCGAUUUUUUCACAUGGCUUGGUUAUGUUAAUUCUCUGAUCAACCCUCUGCUCUACACUAGUUUUAAUGAAGACUUUAAGCUGGCUUUUAAAAAGCUCAUUAGGUGCCGAGAACAUACUUAGAUUGUAAAAAACCAAAAGGCAUGAAUUUGACCAGCCUCCUGAGUGGACGGGGUUAAUUCUUGAACAUUGUUGGUUCAGAGAGUUUGUAAGUAUGUGUGGUCUUGUUUUUUUGUUUGUUCUGUUCUGUUUGAGGCUUGUUAUUUGGUGUGCUGUUUUCUACUUCCGGUCCUGUUUGUGGUACAUAAUUUCAAAUAAACAUUAUCCUACAAAAACAGAUAUUUCAUAAAAGUAGUAAUAAAGUGAACUAAUAAAUACUUUUUAUUAGCCAUUUCAGUGAACCCUGCAAUUAAAGAAUGUCAAAAUAAA